AUGCGCAAGAAUCUAUUUAUAAAUGUCUCUUACCUUCUCUUUCUCUCUUUUUUUCUUUCUUGCACACAAUUUUGCCCUCUGCUUUUCAUUCUAACCUUCUCUUUCAAUCCUUUUAAAACUUUACUAUCACUUCAUUCUCUUUUUUUCUAUAUUUUCCCUCUCUUUUUAUAUUUCUCUCGCCUAUUCUGUCUCUCUUUAACUGUUACUCUCUCUCUCUUUCGAUCGUUCUUAUCCUCCGUGUUUCUCUCCCUCCUUUUCUAUAUUUUUAUCCACACUUUCCCGCUAUUUUUCUUAUCCUCUCUCUGGCGCUCUAUCUUUAUUAUCUUCUCUUUUUGUUUCUUCCUUUCUAUCUUUCUAGCCUUUCCUUCCACCUCGCCUAUUCUUUUUACCAUCUUUUUCUCUCUCCCCUUCCCUAUCAUUUUUACCAUCUCUUUCCUUAUGAAGUUCGAUCUGAACAACUCAUUUUUGUUCCUCUCCAUUUCUAUACUCUCAUUUUUCUCUCUAAUUUUCUUUCUUAUUCUCUCUUUCUCUCCACCCUUUGUUAACUUUCUUACUCUCACUUAUAUAUUUAUUACACCCUCUUUCUCUCUCAAUUUCUUUAUUUCUUACCAUCUCCUACUUACUCUCCUUUUCUAUCUUAGUACAUACUUUUUAUUUUUCUUACCCUCCCUUUCACCCUCUCUUUCUAUAUUUCAUACCUUCGCUUUCUCUCUCUCUUCUCUCUCUCUCUCUCUCUCUCUCUCUCUCUCUCUAUAUAUAUAUAUAUAUAUAUAUAUUUCUUACGCUUUCUCUCCCUUUUCCAUAUUUCUUAUUCUCUCUUUUUACUCUCUUUUUCUUUCUUGCUAUCCUUUUUUAUAUAUUUUCUUUUCUAUCGUUAUUUCACUUUCUUUUUCUGCUUAUAUUUUCUUACCCUCUCUUUCUCUCUGUUUUCUCUGUAUUUCUUACCAUCUCUUUCUCUCGCUCCUUUUCUAUCUAGCUACCCUAUUUUUAUAUCUUUCCUUUUGUGUCUUUCUCACCCUCCCUUCUCUCUCUCACUCUUGUUUUUUUUCUUACGUCUCUUUCUCUCUAUAUAUAUGUAUUACGCUCCCUUUCCUCUCUCUUUUUUCUAUAUUUCUUACCCUCUUUCUCUCUCUCUUUUUCUAUAUUCCUUAUCCUCUUUUUCUCUCACGCCUUUUCUAUAUUUCUUACCCUUUCUUUAUCUCUUUUUCUCUAUUUCUUACACACUCUCUCUCUCUCUCUCGCUUUUUCGAUAUUUCAUAUGUUAUCUCUCUUCUUGUUCUUUAUGCUCAAUGGCUUGAUAUUUGCCGCCGACCCUGA